AUGUGGCUCCGAGACUCUGCCAACCAAGUGCAGUCAUAUCUGCCUCUGCUUGAGGCAUCGGAUUCAGCGCACUCUUUAGCUUCUCUGUACAGAGGUGUGAUCAAUCUGCAGGCGCGGUACAUCCUUACCGACCCAUACUGCAAUGCCUUCCAGCCGCCGGUGGAAUCUGGCAUCCCGCCUUCCGACAACGAUGCUGCUAGCGAGGACACGGUCACGCCGAAGUAUAACAACCAGAGCGUCUUCGAAUGCAAAUACGAGCUCGACAGUCUUGCAGCAUUCCUAGAAGUCUCCCGCAACUACUACAACGCCACCCAAGACAUCUCGUUCUUCAAGAAGUACAACUGGGUCUCGGCAAUCUCCAGCAUCAUGGACGUGGCAGAAGGACAAAUGAUCCCCACCUAUCAGCCCAACGGCAACGUCAGCGUCCUCGACUACACCUUCACCCGCUUCACUGAUCGUGCCUCCGAAACAACAGAAAACGACGGUCUAGGAAACCCCGUCGACAGCGGUACCGGCCUUAUUCGCUCGUUCUUCCGUCCCUCCGACGACGCAACAAUAUUCCAAUUCCUGGUCCCAAGCAACAUGAUGUUUGCCACCUUCCUCGAGCCCUGCGCGGACAUCAUGGCACAAAUCGAUGGCUGUUCCCACCUAGCAAACCGCAUGCGCCAGCUCGUCACCAGUCUCCGCCAAUCCAUCGAAGCGCACGCCGUCUCGCACUCCAAGAAAUACGGCUCCUUCUACCCAUACGAAGUCGACGGCUACAUGGGCCAAAACGUCAUGGACGAUGCCAACAUCCCCUCCCUCCUCGCGGCACCCUUCUACGGCUACCUAGACGUCAACGACGAGACGUACCAGAACACGCGCAAACUGAUAUUGAGCGCCGAUAACCCGUACUUCAUGCGCGGGCCGGUGAUUAGUGCGAUCGGAGGACCGCAUAACGGACCGGGUUAUGCGUGGCCGAUGGCGAGUAUUGUGCAGAUUUUGACGAGUACGGAUGAUGGGGAGAUUGUAAGGCAGUUGGGGGAGAUUGUGGGGAGUACGGAUGGGUUGGGGUUGAUUCAUGAGAGUAUUAACUCGUUUAAUAGCAGUGACUGGACAAGACAAUGUUCGUCUUCCCAUGCUCUUGCGUUGAACAAGCAAAUAGCUGACUUGUGUGCAGGGUUCUCGUGGGCCAACGGGCUUUUUGGCCAGAUGAUUCUGGAUCUCGAUAACCGCAAGCCGGGAUUGUUGAAGCAGUCUUUCCAAGGUAACGGAUCGUACAGUGUGUAG